UCAGUGUUCCUAUAACCUGCAUCAUGUCGACUGAUCGUACCCCCAAGUAUCGGCAGGAGAUCCAGCAGGUAAGCAUUGUGCUGAUUUCCCAUCUGGUUUGGUGCUGUGAGAAUCUGUGAUUUGUUUCUCUCUUCUUUAUUUUGGUUGCGGCUGCGUGAGUCUAGUCUGUUUGUGGUACCAUGCUGGGGUCUACAUGCUCUAUUUGUCGCUGUGAUGCUCCGCUUUAUCGAUGUGAUCUACGGAGCUUCAUUGAAGCAGCGGUAAUGCAUGGAAGUGGUGAAUUCUAGCAUGCAAUGGUGCUUUACUCCUUUGCAAAAUGGAACUAUAAAGGAUCUUCUGACUGGAAGUGUUCUUCUACUUCUUGCCAACUCGCUUGACUGAGGUUCACUUGGAUAUUGCGAGUCUGCUUGUCCUUGAAGGCACUAUCUCCAAUCAUGUCUGCGGAUCCUUAUGAUUCGGAUGCUACUAUCUCGUGGCAUGGAUGGGACCAUUUGGAAGAUGGCCAAAUGACGACUGCACCGCCGGUGCCAGUUGUCCCAGCAAUUCCAGCAGUCCCAGCGGUCCAGCAGCAGCCGCGCGACGAACCGUUGGACAUGUACAUGGGGAUGGAUGCAGAUACCAGGGAGGAGUUCAAGGAAAUGCUAAUCAAUUUCUCCCGCAAGAUGAUGUUCGUCUCUGGUGAAACUGCCGAACCGUCCGUCGAAACCACGACUCUCAUUGAAGAUAUUGUGCGCCAGCAGGUUGUCGAAAUUCUCGCCAGAAGCACUGCCCUAGCGACUCGUCGCGGCGUACGGUCUAUCUCUACCGAUGAUUUGAUCUUUCUCAUUCGCCAUGACAAGGCCAAGGUGUCGCGUCUCAAGACGUUCCUGUCCUGGAAAGAUGUCCGCAAGAACGUCAAGGACUCUGACGACAAAGGCGGCGCUGAUGCUGCAGACUUCGCAGGAGCUGAUGACCCCAUCGCCGGCGGAGUCGUCGCAGGACCGCAGGAUGUUGCGUCAAAGCCCAAGAAUAAGCGUGCUCGCGUUGGUCUCGCCUGGGACGUGAACAGCUUCUACUCGGUGCAGGUUCCCGAACGCGAGGACGAAGAAGAUGAAGAAGAGGAAGAGCAGAACUACGCUACGCUCCAGCGCCUCGCCGCGGCCGAUGAACGUACCAAGAACAUGACCAAGGAAGAGUAUGUGUUCUGGUCAGAAUGUCGCCAGGCUUCAUUCACGUACCGCAAGAGCAAACGGUUCCGCGAGUGGGCCGGAUUCGGCAUUGUGACUGAGUCCAAGCCCAACGACGAUAUCGUUGAUAUUCUUGGUUUCUUGACGUUCGAAAUUGUGCAGACUCUGACCGAGGAAGCACUCAAAGUCAAGGAACGGGAAGACCGCGAGAAAAACCGUCGUGGAGGUGGUGAGAACGGCGAGAGCAGUAAGAAGCGUACACGCGAGACUGGAUUGUUCGAUCCCCCUGAGGAGGGUAGUACCCCGGUUGAGACCAGACAUAUUCGCGAAGCGUAUCGGAAGCUGCAGGCGACUCCUAAUAAGAACAUUGCCAUGCUGCUGCACAAUGGACGCCUGCCGGCUAAGAUGCCAUUGCGAUUGAUUUGAGGAAUUAUUGGCGUUAGCGAUGGCGUGGGCGUCACUUUAACGAUACCCUUGGAGUUACGAUAACAUGAUUUCUUAUUUUCGGUGCUCUUGGUUGAACUUGGUUGGUUCUCUUGAUAAUCAGGUUGAUGGACUGGUUCUUUGGAAUUGACUGGUCUGGAUUGAUCUUUUGGAGCUUUGGGAAUCAUGUUAACGGAUGGGAUGUUUCUUUUGUUUAUCUUUUGUCAGGUGUUACUUGACUGAACAUCUUGUAUGAACAUCUUGUAACAUUAGUUGUUUACCUUCGUCUCGUUCGACCGAUCUACUUGAUUGAACUUGUUAGUUGAGCCUGGCGCUGUUUCCAUACUCGUUCUCUUGUUGACUGGUCCUACUUGACUGAACUCUCUACUUGCAGCUUGAAGCUAGCACAUAAUUCAAUGAUUAUCUUGCAG